ACACACACACACACACAGAGUCAGAGGGAGGAUCUGAGCUGAACAGAAAGAAAAAGAAAGCGAUUCAGUGUGAACAUCAGUUUUCUGUCCUCAGGGCUCAGCAGCAGCAGGAGGAGGAUGAUGAUGAGGGGGAGGAUGGAGGUUCUUCAGGUUCUGGUUCUGCUGCUGGUCUCUCUGCAGGUCUCAGAGUGUGUGCGGUGUUUUGCACGCUUCGACCUGACGUCCGGUCGCUGUGAUGAAGAGCUCGGUGAGGUGGAUGAAGACGACUGCUGUCAGAACCCUCAGUAUGGUUACCAGGCAACAGGCGGAGUGUGUCAGUCUUGCGGUCCUCCGGUGUGGUCGUCCUGGUCGUCAUGGUCACCGUGUAAUGUCCUGUGUGGGGAGGGGGUGAGGCAGAGAAGUAGGAAGUGUUUCGGUAUCGGCGAGUGCGCCAACGCUGAGGACGACCUGCAGGUGGAGCCGUGCAGCGGCACCUGCUGCGACGCGAAGGGGUGGGGCUUGUGGGGCACCUGGUCGCCCUGCUCGGUCACCUGUGGAGAGGGAGGAGUCAGGAAGAGGAAGAGAGUCUGUUCCAGUCCUCCUCAGUGUCACUCAGCCUGCAGCGGUCCUUCAGAGGAGACAGAGAGCUGUCCCACACUCACCUGUCCAGUCCACGGUGGUUGGUCCGGUUGGUCCGGUUGGUCUCAGUGUUCUGGUUCCUGUAUCAAUGAGCAGCGCAGUGACGUCCCGUCCAAGGUGCGGUAUCGUUCCUGCUCUGACCCCGCCCCCUCCAAUGACACUGUACCACCUGGUAAUGGUUGCCUUGGCGACGGCUUCCAGGUGGAGGACUGCAGCGAACUCCCCAACUGUCCAGUGGACGGUGGCUGGGGGGCGUGGUCUGCACCCGGACCGUGCUCCGUCUCCUGUGGGGAGGGGCUUCAGCUGUCAAUCAGAAUCUGUAAUCAACCCGCCCCUAAACAUGGAGGUCGACCAUGCGAAGGACCAAGCACUCGGAGCAGUGUCUGUAAGAGCACCUGUCCAGUCGACGGGUUCUGGUCCGGUUGGUCCAGCUGGGGUGAGUGUUCUGCUUCCUGUAUCCCUCAAGGCGGAGCUCCCACCAGGACUCGCCACCGCUCCUGUUCUAACCCUGCGCCCUCGUCCAACCCGCCCGGCAGAGGUUGCCAAGAUGACAGCCGUCAGAAAGCUGUAGAGAACUGUAACCAGCUGCCUCACUGCCCAGUGGACGGAGGAUGGGGGUCCUGGUCUCCCUUCACUUCCUGUCCUGUUACCUGUGGGGUGGGGCUUCAGGUGUCAGUCAGGAAAUGUGACAGCCCUGCUCCUAAAUAUGGCGGCCGGCCGUGUCCCGGAGAAGGACGUCGAACCAGCAUCUGUACAACCAACAUCCACUGUCCAGUGGACGGGGUGUGGUCGGAGUGGUCGCCGUGGAACCAGUGUAAAUUCCCAUUUGGUGGGCGGGACAUCCGCUGUAAGCAGCUGGGCGGCAUCCAGACACGAGAGCGCGAGUGUCUCCAUCGAGCUCAUAACGGGUCCAUCUGCAGCGGAGACGGCCUGACCGAUCGUCGGGUCUGCUACGACGUCAGCAACUGUUACCUGAAGGGCAGCUGGGAGGGCUGGGAGCCGUGGAGUUUGUGUCGUCCGACCUGUGGAGCGAACUCCAGACGCUUCAGGAGGAGAUACUGUAAACCUGAUUACAGCGACUACAGACCCACCAUCGGUCGUCUGAAGGAGAUUGCCUCUUUCUAUGGGACUCCACAGGCCGACUGUGGCCCGGCGCCUGAUGGAGGGCCAAAGUAUGAGACCCAGAACUGUGUCAACGUUCCCGCCUGCCCCGAUCAAUAACUGAUCAAUAAUCAGUUUACAGCAGCAUCACAUUAUAAUCAGUCGUGUGUGAGAGCUGUGAUGUGGAAGGAAGUGGGUGCAGCUUCAAUAAAAGCAUCAGUGUAUUGAUAUAAAAUCUAAAGAAUCGUCAGCUUCAUGUUGUUGAACCGUCUGCAGCUGCUGCUUUAAACUCCAUCACAUACAGUUACUUUAAUCCAGUGGGUCCCAACCCAUGGCUCAGGACCCUCUGAGGGGUCAACAGGUCAACCUCAGGGGUUGUCACAUGAUUCAUCUCAGCUCUGAUUCACUGAUCUGGGUUCAGUUUCUGAACUUUUCUCUGAUCUUUGAUUUUUUUGUGAAAUGUUGAAGUUUUAUUUCUUUGGGUUUUCAACUUUUGUUUUUAUUAAAUAUUAGUUACAGACUGAUUUUAUGUAAUAAACCCUAAAACAUAA